AUGGAAAAUGAUAUACGUUUGUUGGAACAGUUGUUAGCGUUGGGAGAUUCAAUACAGGAGCUGAAAAAGAAAACACAGUCUGAGGGAAUGAAAAAUGCAGAUUUGUAUCCAGAAACUAAAAGUUGUUCAUAUAAAUCACAUUCCAAUGAUGUGACAAACGUAUUUUUGGACGAUGACAGUGAUGACGAUGAACGGCCAAAUACAGAUUUUUAUUUUUCUCGAAAAGACUCCAUAUUACGUAUCCCAAUUGCACCGCGUACCAGCAACAGGAAAUUAUCGAUACAAAAAAUUGCUCGUAAAGCAUCACAGUUACGUUCAUCACGUUUGUUGGCAACAUUAAACGGCGCUGAAGCACCGCCAAUGUUAACCAGAAAUUUGCCGAAUUCAGAUAUUCCGUCAAAAAGUUUAUCAUCAUCUGCCCGGGCAUCUAACGGUAGUAUUGACAGUGGAAUACGAGAUGGCGAAUCAAGCAGUCCAACCUGUAGCAGUCCUAGUCCAACAUUUAAAGAUCAAAAAUUUUAA